GAUAGAGGCGGUAAGAGCGGAACAUUGCCGGGAUCUCAUCAUCAAGAAGCGACAGCAGCAGCGGACACGAGACCGCCUCGGGCCGUCCAUCCCAUUUGUGAUAGCGAUCAGCUUCCCCGCCGUGGUUAUCAUGCUUUUGCGUCCACACAAUAUGUACAAACUGCACGAAUGAGACCCUUGUCUUAUCCCUAUAUGCGUCAGCGCAUAUGUAUAUGUUGUGCAACACCACACUCGAGACCGCCACAAAAGCUCCUACUAUGGCAGCUGCUGCGAAUGCGAGGGCACGGUACAUCUCAGCAAGGCGUUGCCGCAGAUCAAAGCCGAAUAUGAAGCGUGACAACCACUACGGACAGCACUCAACUCGGCGGUGAGAGUGAGAAUGCCGCGCUACUGGCCGGUCAACAGGUCAUAUCUGAGUCAAUCGAUGGUCGCAGGCGUGCCGUAUGUCCCGCGGAUCCAGGCCUCAACAGGCUGGGGCGGUGUGUGUGCCUCCCUGCUUGUAGGUCGGCGACGAUUAUGCGAUCUCCGAGGGCUUGCGCUACAGCUGGAAUGAAAGGGCUUUUCGGGGGAACCUCCUGGUCGUCGUAUGAUCAAGGAAACCGAGUGUAUGCUGCUCAGCUCUGGGGCUACAGAAAGCUUGAGGAGGGCCAUCUCGAAGGCUGGGCUGUCUGAGAAGUUCCCUGGACAGCGGAAUUUGAUACAGAGUUUGUACAAACCUCAACAGGUCCACGGCGGAUCCGACUCCUUGGUGUAAGAGCAUCAGGCCAUGUGGCUCCUAGCGGCCAUGUUGCAAUUGUUCGGUCGGGUUGAUCAAUCUCGUACGGAAGGCUGUGUGCUCUGACAUCAGUUUUCGUGAGUUAUUAGUUUUGUGGGACCAUGAGACCACAUUGAUAAGCUUGCCAGCAUGGUCAAUUGUUGGACUUCUUGUCCAGAAAAGGUCCAUAGUAUCCAUCUCGUUGAACAGGUAUUCGAGCUCAUGAGUACCUUCGCGUGUCUCUGAUGGCUGUUUGGCGUCAUAACGACUUGUUGUGGCUGCAGUAUGUCUUACCGAUACAAUUCUUCCUGGGCGUGUC